UUUUGUGUUACACCGUUCGCCCUGACGUGAGUCUGUGGUUCUGCGUGUUUCACGACAGAUUUUGCUUCAACAUAAAUGUAGUUUUUGUUGUUUACCUUAAUUUAUUUGCUCGUGCGGACGCAGAAAACGUCUGCCUGCUGCUGGAAAUGAAGUUCACAGGUUGCACUAAACAUUAUGUAACUGUUUAGGACUUUUAUUUUUUAAGCGCCACUCGAGGAGCGAACACCUGCUGCGCACGGACUCCUCGCUGCCACUGCACGGCGUGAAGCGUGCGGACAUCGAUCACGGUCAUGAUAAUGAAAGCUGGGAAUGGGAUCUGAGCAGCCGCGACCGGAGUCGAGUUAACAGCUGCUUUUAUUCCUGCGCUGAAGAUGGAGUCGGAGAUGAAGUGUGUGCGGCUGCUUUUUGUUUUUGUGCUUUCAGCCGUCUGUGUGCGGGGCACCUUCGUGGAGCCCCUUCAGCCCGAAACCUCCCAGCGCUCCCUGGCGGAGAGCCAGACCCGGCUCCCCUGUCGCUACCGGGUGGAGGAGGGGGAGAAGGUGGUGCAGGUCAGCUGGUACAAGGAGCUCCCAGACGGCAGCAAGGACCAGAUCAUCACCGCCCACUUCGAGGACGGCCACACAGAGUUCGGGCGGUACUCGGGCCGGGUGAAGUUCGAGAGCGGCAGCCCGACAGACGACUCGGCGCUGCUCAUCCCCAGCACGGAGGUGUCGGACGAGGGCGUCUACGCCUGCCACAUCUCCACCUUCCCAAACGGGAACUUCGAGAGGCGCAUCACGCUCACCGUGUGGAUUUUGCCCAUCUCCUCCGUGGAGCUCGUGACCCUGGAGGAGGGCCAGACGUUCCGCGUGGUCGCCAGCUGCCGGGCCGUGGGCCGCCCGCUUCCCAGUCUCACCUGGGACACGGAGCUGCCGGGCCAGUCCCAGGACCGGGUCAACGAGGGGGUCUCCGUGUCCAGCUACUACUCCCUGCACCCUCUGCGCGGCAUGAACGGGAAGAAGCUGGACUGCCUGGUGUGGCACCCGGGUCUGAAGGAGCCCCGGAGGAUCCCCAACCGCCUGGAGGUCCAGUACCCCCCCGACGCCACCAUCAUCUCCACCCCUUCAGGAGACUUCCACGUGGGCUUGGAGAAGGUUGAGCUGGCGUGUAACAGCGGCGGACACCCCAAGCCUCCCAACGUCACCUGGACAUGGAGGGGAGGAGCGCUGCCCGACGGGGUCUCCGUGGUUGGAGAAAAGCUGCUUUUUGGGCGUCCAAUCCGCAUGAAUGACAGCGGGGUCUACGAGUGUGUGGUGAAGAACAGCGUGGGAGUAGGAAAAUCAGACUUCACACUGACCGUAACAGAGAAAUCUCAACGCAUAGAGCCCGAUCCUCGGCUGCUGAUCAUCAUCGGCGCCUCAGCUGCAGCUGUGGUUCUGAUCCUGGUCGUCGUGGUUCUGCUGGUCAACCGUCACCACAGGCGGAAGAACAAAAGGCUUCAGCGGGAGCUCAGCGAAAAAGACCAAGAACUCUCUCUCUCCAGACAGGCCUCCUUCAGGAGGCUGAACUCCGUCAGCUCCGACCCCAGAGUGCUGGGGGACGAUUACGCCCUGCUCCGAGUAGACAGCAGAAUCAAGCACAGCCAAAUGUCUCUGGAGCGAAACAUCUACAGAGGCAGCCAGUCCACCCUGGGGGGGAAGUGGGCACACGCUGGGGUGGUGGAGGUGGACGAACUGGGACGCCCCGUCGUCUGGCACGAAGACGUGGAAAGCAUGAGAGGGGAGGAGCUGGACAGAGAGCGAGAGGAGCGAAAGAAGAGGAGCGAGUCGUACAUGAAGUCCAGCAACAUGUCACUGAUCUUUCACACAACAGAAGGACAUUUGAAGCCUGACUUCCUGUGCGUCUUUCAGGACUCGGGCCUUCCUUCGUCCCUGAUGAAGGCGCAGCAGGACGAAGCCGUUGGGUCCAGAGAGCAAGAUGAGGUCCACCAAAGGAAGGAGGACUCCCCACCGGCGGAGGACUGGGACCCCACCCAGACAGCGGAGGACAGACACGAGGCCGACGACUGCAGCAACAGCUCCUACCAGAUCUCUGAGGCGCUCACCAACCACUUCUACUUGCGUAACGGGCUCCUGAGGCCCAAGCCACACUCCAAUGCCAUUCUGCUGCACCCCAAGUCACAGCUGAUCUAACGCAGCCACCUCCUUCCUCAACAUGUGAAGAACGCCCAUCUGCAGUCCUGCACUGACGGCGACCUUGUGCUACCUGAAUACACCUCGUGUCUUUAUUCUAACUCUGCAGAAACAGAAGCUGGUUUUCAAUUGUAGUUUCUCAGCCUUUAUGCGAUGGAGAGACAGUAGAAAAUGAGAUGCAUUAUGAGACACUGGACACUGAUCCACACUUGGAUACUGUACAAUUAUUUUGGAUUUGCCUUCCACAUUGUCCACUUUAAUAUACAAGGACUCAAGGUUCCCAUCACUCAAUGUUUACUGUGUUUGCAUCCACUGCUUCUAGUGAAUUAUAGCUGUCUUUCACAUCAACCGAUUGAGGCAGCUCACAGUGGACGAAAACAGUCUUUUUUUGUUCUGACCAAGUUGGAGGCAACCGUGACUUAUAUUCUUAGUUUGGAUGCACUUGUUUGUAUUGUACAUAAGAAGUUUGCAUAUUUGUAUAUGUUUGUAUUAUAUGUGACAUCAAAUAGUACUUUAUGCUCAUGUAAAAACAGCUGCAACUACAAAGGUAAAAAAAAAAGCUGUAACUGUGAGGAAUGAAAACAAAUGUGAGUCAUAAAACAUACUUUAAACCACUGCAGAGCAAUGAACGGUAAAACCACACUACACGGUUAGCAUGUGUUCAUGUUGUCUUAAAACCAUGCACAUUGUUUUUGUCAAACAAAAAAAAACAUAAAUAUUAAAAUGUUUGUUCAUAAAAGUACAGCAUAUGCAACUUGAAAGCAAAGUCUUUGUUUUUAUUGUAACCAUGAACAGUUAGGGUUGUUUUACAGCAGCUGCUACAUCGAUAACGAUGACUUAAGUUUGCUCCAGCGUCCCAUCCUUGUUGAUGAUGUGAUGAUUGGAAUACCUGAGAUUGGGAAUACAUGAUGGAAAAUAGAGAUGUGGGUACCUGUUUGGAUGAUGGCUGUAGAUCACCACUGUAUCGCAGCAAACAUCUGUAUUAAAGAUUAUUUGGUAAGUAAAGUGA